CACUUCUCUCUGUCACCUGCAGGCGCAGCUGAAAGAAAGCAUCACUCCAUCAUGUCCACCAUGUCCUACCAGUCCUCCACCAGGAGAUCGGUGAGUAGCUCCGUGUCAGGAGGCUCUCGUUUGUCUGUUGGUGGCGCCGGGCUGCGAUAUGCGAAGGCCGGCAGUGUGUAUGGCGAAGCAGGAGGCUCCGGGGCACGCAUCUCCCGGGCUUACGGCUUUGGUGCUGCGAGCGGCGGCGGUGCCUUUGGUGCUGGAGGAAACUUCUCCAUGAACUACAGCAUGUCCGGGGGCGAAGACAGCGUCAUCGGCAACGAGAAGUUCACCAUGCAGAACCUGAACGACCGCCUGGCCUCCUACCUGGCCAAGGUCCGCGCCCUGGAGAAGGCCAACGCCGAGCUGGAGCUGAAGAUCAGGCAGUUCGUGGAGAGCAGGGUCGGCCCGGCCACCAGGGACUACACCGCCUUCUUCGUCACCAUCUCUGACAUCACAGCCAAGAUUCAGGAUGCUCUCCGUGUGAACGGCUCCAUCCAUCUGAGCAUCGACAACGCCAGGCUGGCUGCAGAGGACUUCAGGAUGAAGUACGAGAACGAGCUGGCCAUGCGUCAGUCGGUGGAGGCCGACAUCGCCGGGCUGAGGAGAGUCCUGGACGAGCUGAACCUGGCCAAGUCGGACCUGACCAUGCAGAUCGAGGGCCUGAAGGAGGAGCUGGUCUUCCUCAAGAAGAACCACCAGGAGGAGCUGGUCGCCAUGCGGGCCCAGAUGAGCGGGCAGGUCCAUGUGGAGGUGGACGCCGUUCCUCAGCAAGACCUCACCAAGGUCAUCGCUGAGAUCCGGGAGCACUACGAGUCCGUCGCCGCCAAGAACCAGAAAGACCUGGACCACUGGUUCCAGACUCAGUCCGAGGCACUGAACAAGGAAGUGGUCACGCAGACAGUCACCCUGCAGACGUCCAGGACAGAGGUGAACGAGGUCAAACGCACAUUGCAGUCUCUAGAGAUCGAGCUCCAGUCCAUGUUGGGCAUGAAAGCAUCUCUGGAAGGCACGCUGGCUGAGACGCAGAACCGCUAUGCCAUGCAGCUGUCAGGCUACCAGAUGCAGGUGACCAGCCUGGAGGAGCAGCUGGUGCAGCUGAGGGCCGACCUGGAGCGGCAGGGCCACGAGUACCAGAUGCUGCUGGACAUCAAGACCAGGCUGGAGCUGGAGAUCGCCGAGUACAGGAGGCUGCUGGACGGAGAGGCGAGCAGCAGUGCUGUCGGUGGAGGCCGACAUCGCCGGGCUCAAAGCUCUGAUGUCGGAUCUGGCCAUGGCCAAGACGGACCUGGAGAUGCAGCUGGACAGCCUGAGGGAGGAGCUGGCCUACCUGAAGAAGAACCACGAGGAGGACCUGCUGUCCACACGCAGCCAGAUGACCGGCCAGGUGAACGUGGAGGUGGACGCUGCUCCUCAGGUGGACCUCAGCAGGGUCAUGGAGGAGAUGAGGGACCACUACGAGACUCUCGCCACCAAGAACCGCAAAGAGCUGGAGGUCUGGUUCCAGGACAAGAGCGAGGCCCUCACCAAGGAAGUGGCGACCAGCGAGAUGACCCUGCAAACCACGACCACGGAGGUGAAGGACACCAAGAGUCAGCUGCAGGCGCUGGAGAUCGAGCUGCAGUCCCAGCUGAGCAUGAAAGCCUCUCUGGAAGCUUCCCUGGCUGACGUGCAGAACCGCUAUGCCAUGCAGCUCAACGCCUACCAGAUGCAGGUGACCAGCCUGGAGGGGGAGA